CAAAUGUGGAGCGGUUUCCAAAACAUUUCUUUCAUACCUAUGUACAACUAGUUAAGCGGUCGACUGACUCAUGCCAGCGCCGCGUUUAAACGCAGACACACAACAAAUGUAAACAAACGCGCUCCUAAGCGAGCGGCGCGCGCAGUAAGCAGUAGCGCAACGUGAGAGCGCUGACGCGAUUGGAGACUUGCUGCUGCUUGGCUGCCACAUAUGUAAGUGAGUGCUGUGGAGCGCGCCUCAAACAACUUAACUUAAGUUGACUUGAGCAGACUGCGCUUGUAUUGUUUGAUUGUGUUUGUGUGUUUAUUGGCGGAGUACAGCACUUAAAGAUCGUCAAAGUUUUGAGCUUAGUUUCGGUUUGUAGCUACUCGAUAAAGCACGACUUCGCGGACCAAACGAAAAGUUUGCGCACAUAUGCAAAUACAACAAAAAUAAUUUAAAUAAAAAAAAAUAGCAAUGCACUAAAGUAAUAAUUUUUUCUAAGGUAGUGAAGAAAAAAAAAAUAUUUAUGUGCAAAACGCUAAAAAUUGCGGCGUUUAAGAGGUGUCAAAAACCUUUCAAAUAAAAUAUCAAUGAGUGAAAAACUAGUUACAUUACAAACCUGAAGAGCAUUAAAUUAUAAAAUAAAUGUAAAAAAAGUGAACCUGUGAAACACAACAGUUAUUUUUUCAAUAAAAAUCAAGUUGGCCGAAACAACAUUGAAAAAAAUAUAUAAUAUAUAUAUAAAACGAAAAUGGGCAACAUCGCACCGUUUGUGUGUUGAAACCUUAGAAAAAUAAUAAAUAAACAUAUUGUGGCACCGAUUAAAACACAAACAUACAUUCUGAAGCACCCAUUGGCAAAAUGGAGUAUCUGCUGCUCAACGCUUUCGAACAAAACUACUACAACCACAUCAAGCAAUUUGAGCGCGUCGCCAAUGCAGCCGCGGCAGCAACAGCGGCCGCACAGAACACGCUAGCGGUGCGCAACCACUCCGCUCAUAUGGCUAGCAAUAACAACAACAAUGCGUGCACCUCAUCCACAACUUCCUCCAACGCCAACUCACCUUCGGCCUCCUCCUCCACGGCAUCAUCUCUAUCCUCUUCCCCAGCAUCAGCUGUGGGCAGCAACGUCGCGGCAGCGCUACCUGCUGCCAGCCCAACGGUGAGCACGCGCAGCAACAACAACCACUACCCAACACAGGCGAGCCUUGCGAAUGGCAAAGAUACCUCGACAGCAACAACUAAUGGACAUAAACUUACACAAAAGCAUGCGCAGUUGACGCCAUCGACGGCGCUGCAAUCACAACCGCCUUCAUCGCGCCAAAUGCCGCAGUUCACUGCUGCACAAGCCGCCGCCGCUAUGGCCGCACAGUACCACCUGCAACAUUUGCAGCAUGAACAGCAGCAACAUUUGGCACAACAACAACAACAAUUUGCACUUAACCGCGCAGGCGCACAGCAUGCGAAAGCGACAACAACAACGACGCUGGCAUCGCCAUCAUCAAGCGGAGCACCGACGCAUAUGCAUCUGCCGCAUGUAUCUGCGUUGCCACUAACGCUGCCACCACCAGCGUCACAUCUGCAGCAUUUGCAACAACAGCAUCAUCAUCAACACCAUCUCCAAGCGGAGCAGGCGCAUGCGCAUGCUCAAUUGUGGCACGCGCGCGAUCAGCAAAACAAUUCGAAUGUAGCAAAUAGUUUGUUUUGGCAACCAUGGCGUGAACUGCACCACCAUUUGUACCAACAACAACAGCAACAGCUGCAAAAAGAGGCGCGCAUUUCUUCAAAAGAACUGCCAACCGCGCGUUGGCGUCGUGAGCGUCGCUCGCGCGCUGGUGAAUACCCCACUAUGGGCAGUGGUGUGGCAACUGCUGCCAGCAGCGCCUCAACAUCCAGCAGUCUGUCGCCCGCGGGCACCCCGCCACCGCCGGGUGUCUGCGCUGGCGGCCUAACAUCGCCGGUGAGCGCGCAUCAUCAUGUUGCGGGCACGCUACAACAUAGCGGCGUACCGCCACCAAUGUCCAUUAUGAUGGCCGCAGCGAUGCGUCCACUUUGUGAGUCCACCAAUCGCCCAACGCCACCGCCCUCGAACUCCUCAGCAGCGGCAGCGGCCUAUCAUCAUCAAAGCGGCAUGGAGAGCCCUAUUGAUAUGUCGGUGUCAUCGUCGACGCUAAAGCAUCGCUCCUCACCGCCACCACCGUAUCGUGCGCCACUACCAGGCUCCACAUAUGCUACCACACUCGCGCGCCCCAGUGUUAUUACACAAGCGCCGUCGAAACGAGAACGCGAACGUGAACGCUGCGAACGCGAGAUGUUGGCAAAUCGCGAGAAUGACAAUCGCAGCAAUGAAUCCAUUUCGACUUGCGACACAGUUAUCGAUGAGCACUUCCGCCGCUCACUGGGUCCCAACUAUGCGGCACUUUUCGGCAAAAAGUCACCCGGUCACAAUUCAACAACACCAUCGCCGCAACCAAGCGCAGUCGCUAUGACAACAACAGCGGUCAUUAAUACGCCAACACCCACGCCACCACCAACGCAGCUGCCUUUGGCGUCAUCCUCAAUAUCGUCACUACCACAAUUGCAGCCGCAGGCAUUGGUUGUGGCACACGCGUCGACGACAGCCGCAUUGCCACCUUACCAUGCAACUACCGUCGCACCACAAGCGCUCAUUUCACCAAAGCCAGCAGCGGUCUUACUCUCCCCGGCCGCCAUUUAUGCAGCUGCAGCUGCUGCAGCACCGCCGCCACUAAAACCCGAUGCUUUAUCGCAUGUGAUGGCUGUCGAUUUGCCGCCACCACAACAGCAACCAUUGGCUUUGUCCACUACGCAACGCAGCAAUACGCCGCAACCAACAACACCUAAUGUAGAUGUGGUUGGUCCAGCUACGCGUUCACCUCCGUUAUCACCAACAAACGCCGUAUUACGAACAUCACCGCCACCACCAGCAUUCCACGCGGCCACACUGCGUAGCCAGGCCUCAAUGGAAGCACAUUCAACCAGUAGCUCACGCUCACCAGUGGCAACGCCGCAGCAAUCACCAAAUUCUAUAACGGCAAUGCCAACAAUGGUGUCUUCCUCGACGCCACCAACAACUACGCAGACAGCGACAACAACUACGCCGCCACCCAUAAUGCCGGCGAUUAUGCGCAUCAAAACCGAACCGGGCCUAGCGACAACCAACACACCACCAGCUUCACCAACAUCGACCUCGUCGCCCACCAGCAUUACAGAGGUGACUGCUUCCGUGGAUGAUCACUUUGCCAAAGCGCUGGGUGAUACUUGGAAGAAGUUGCAGGAGAACAAGGAGGUGCGCAAGUGAAACAUAAGGUGCCGCAAGAGGCGAAAAAGGUUUGAAUACGUAAAUGAAGAGUGAGCAGGUGUGGGCGUGACAAAUGUGAGGGAGCGCGCCAGUAAGUAAGAAAGAGCGGAAGAGAAUGAAAAUAAUGAAAUUUGGAAACAGUUCUAAUGUUGUCAAAAGCAACUAUUAAUUAUAUCAAAUAGGAUAUAAUAAACAAGGCAAAUAAACUUUAUAGGCAGUUUAUAAAAACACUGGAAUUAUAACUCUAUAAUACUUUACAGCGGAAAAUUUUCCAAACUGAAACAAAGCAUAUAAAAAAAAUUUGUUUUGCCUCUGGAAUUUGGGAAAUUAUAAGCAAAAAUCUUUAAUUUACAAUCAAAAUAGAAAAUAUACAAAAAUAAUACAUAUCUAUAAGUACAGCAAAAAAAAAUAAAUAUACUUUAGUGAUAAUUGCUUGUGAAAAUACUAAAACAUAGAGUACAUCAUGACAAAUUCUACGCUACACAUACUAAUAUUUUGUGUACAUAUAAGAAAUUUUGAAAAAUAUUUAAAUAAUAUUCAACAGUAGUUGAAUUCAAAAAUAGCUUCUCAAGUACGCUACAUUUUAUUUAGCACAUACUUUAAACCGUUCAAGCAAAUGCUUUUAUUUAUCAAUGCAAAUGAUUUCUUCAUUUUCUUAACUUUUACAGGAAAAUGGAAAUGAUUGUUGUAUAAAUUAUUUAUUUACUGUUUCUUUCAUUUUCACAUUAAAAUUAUUGAUUGUUAAAAAUAAAACAAAACCGGCUGAUCUGUACACUAAUAUACAUCUUAUUGCAUAUCAAUUACAAUUGCAAUCUAAAAUUUGUUGCGACACAUUUCAUUUAAAUUUAUUUUAGAAACAUUAAAGUCAAA